UCAGUCGAUUACGGACCGGUGUGCAAGAGUGACGUGUUUAAUAAUAAGUCGUAAUGGUGCUUGUAAUAAGGGCGUUCCAAUUCAGUUUACCAAUCAAUGUGUGAACAAAAUACUACUUCCGGACACUUGAGUAAUUAAUAUCUCGUUAAAAGUUCAAAAUGCGAUAUAAAAUUGAGGCUUAAAUUAAUUACGCGUUAACAAUUAACGGAAUAUCAGUUUGUAAAAUGAAAUUCAUAAUAACAAAGAACAAGUGUGUGUUAUGAAAAUCAUUAUUAUUAUUGCAAUUGGAAAAAAUUCGGUUGUUCCAAGUAUAAAGUGUUGUUACAAAAUAUUUGGGUGUUUGAAUAGAAAAUUAGCAAGAAAAAAACAAAAACUAAUAGAAAACCAAAUUCUCCGAACGUUAAGUUCAAACUCAAUUCGGUGGGCAGUGGGCAUAGUAAAACAAAAAAAGCUGAAAUAAUAAAACUUCGCGCCACGAAAGAGCAAUUCAAACCACAGAUUUAACUGAAUGACGAACUAUAAUGGUAGAAGAAAACCAGUAAAACCGCCUUGCCAACGCCAUUGGAUAGGUACGAGUAGCUAUCUACACAGCCCGGUCUACAUAAGCUAAGCAAACCGCAGAGACUGCGAUCAAAGAAUCUUUAUGCGAGAGACAGCCAUGCGAUGUUGAAGCAAAAUACAUUAAGAUUUGUAUGGAUGCUGAAUGCCACUUUGUAGAGAGUCGAAGAUGAUAGUUGUUAAACCAAUUGUUUGACGUUUGAUUUGUGUUAUGUGAAGAGAACGCCUUGGGCUGAACUCGGUGUGAAAGAACUGGACUGUGCUAUAUUCUGAUUAGUGACGAUCGAAAUGGUUGGCUUUCUUCCUCAUAAACGCCGUCUAAAUGAACACAUAUGCAACUACAUACAUAUCUAAUUUCAAACAUAAUUAAAUAUAUGUGGAUAUUUGUUUGAUUUAACGAAUAGUUUAAAUAAAUUAACAACAAAAAGAAAUUAAUAAUAAUAAAUAAAUAAUGACAAGUAAUUUAAAAUUAAUAAGAACAGCUUAGUGUAGCAAGAACAAAAAUGUUCUAAUAAUAAUAAUAAUAAAAUCAACAUUAAUGUGUUCAUUUACAAACGUAUAUUUGUACUUACAUUUAUACAUAUAUUUAUGUAUGCAAUUCUAUAGUGAAGUUCAAAAAAAAAUUAAGGGAAUAUAUACUCUCCGUGUCAGCAACAUAAAGAAUUCAAGGCAAGCUGUUUGUUUCUCAAAACCAGCGGGAAGACGAAAGGGCCAAUGUGCCAAGAAUACCCAGAGUGCGAAGCAAAGGCGCAUUCAUUGCCUCUGCUUGUGUUGAGGAUUUAUUGUAUGAAUAUGUGUCCAAAGUUGAUUUUCCAGUUUUUGCUUUAAAUCACGACGGGCAUUGAAGAUAUUUACAGUGCCGGCGAAUGAUGAAGAGAAUGUUUAAUAUCAAAGCAAAUACAUACAUACACAAAAACAUAAGAGAUAAAAGAGUGCUAGAAGAGCAGUAAAGGUGAAAUAAAAAUGUGUGAGAGAAAUUAUUUUAAAGUGUAAUUGAAGUUGAUAAAAAUAAGAAGAAAUAGAUAAAUAAAAAUAAAUAAAUGAAUAAAGUAUGAAACCAUAACAAUGGCAAAGAUUAAUAAUAUGUAAGUGUAAUGAGUAUUAAAGAAUAAAAUAUAUAUAAAGAAUAAAAUGCAAAAUAUGCGGUUGAAUGUAUUGCGAAAGUGUUUAAGAAAGUCAGCAUAUAAAGUGGCGUGUAAUAAAGCAAAGGAUAUGUGAAAGUGUCAGUGCCAAUUAAACCUCACAGUGCCUACAAUGAAUAAAUAAUUUUCCUAUUCCGCAAACCACACUGCCAAUUGCUUGAUGCAUAACAAUAAAUAGUGUUUCCAAUUUCAUUAAACGAGCAAGAACAUUUAGUCAAAACAAAAACUAAACCAGCCUGCCAGCCACCACCCAUUUUGAUAGCACAAAAAUCACACGUAGAUAAUAUAGACAUAAAUACACAUACAUACAUACAUACGCACGCUCUUAUAAUUCGAGCAAGCUGAGAGCCGAAGAUGCCAUUCGUACAGCGCGUCGUACAACCGACGCGGCUGGCGUUAGCUUCCGCCUCCAGUGUGGACGAGCGUACGCGAACCGCCAAAUUCCAUUGCACACCCGGCAAAUGUAAAAACAACAACUGCAUUAAUAAACAAGGUACACAACAACAGCAAACACCACAAUUGAGCGUAGAACAUGAGAGAGAGGAAGCUUGCAUUGAGAAUGGUGGUGUAAUUUCAAGGACAACACUCAUUGCCAAGGACACAGCGCAACAACAACAGCAACAGCAUCAGCUUCAGCAACAUUCAAGGAGUCUUGCAGCAACACCCACUGCUGGUGGUGCCGCCAACCAUAUCACCACUGUGACCAGAGCCAUAAUACAUGUGUCGCAACAAAACGGCGAUACAACGACUACACCCGGUCUCUCAGCUACAAAAACAACUGCCACAUCAGCGCCAACAACACCAAUGCGUGAUGUUGCCGAUUGUACGCACCAUUAUCUGCAUCGACAGCAGCAACAGCAACAGCAACUACAGCAUAAUCAAACGAACGGUUAUACAUGCAGCUUCAGCUAUGCCACCGACACGGAGGACGAAAUAUCCGUGGCAACAACAACCACACCAGCUGCACCGGUGCUUUCGUUGAAAAAACUUAAACAUCAUGUGGAAUUCCUAUCCACAGCAUCGUCACCGACACGCAGUGCCAGCGCUGGUGAUAUGUACGGUCAACAACAACAACAACAACAUCAAACUCAACGACAUUUGCAAUUGCAGCAUUUGCAGCGACAACGUCAAUUGCAACAACAACAGCGUACACAAUCGCCAACAGCAGCGAAAAUUGUAUCCGGACAUGAAUUCGAAUCAAUUAGCAAUCUAACGCUGAGCAAUGCUCUACGCCAAUUGGCAUCAUUGGUGCUAUUAGCCAGCGAUAUAUUCGAUGAGCUGCAGAGCGAGUUGCUGUCGGUGGGCGAGCGUGCGCGUAAUGUGCAAAGGAAGGUUAUAACUGUUGAGCAGCGCGUCACCGCCUACGAUCCGAAGAUGGUCACAGUUCCUGAGAGCGACCUCUUAACAUUUGCGCAACGUAAAACGCAUUUCGAAUGCGACCAGUCGAUACGCAAGGAGCUCUUCACCACCACCACACGUCCGCCCAGCGUGCGCGUACUUUAUGAGGAGGCAGCCAGAGUUAGGCCAACACCUGCCGCACUCGCCUACCACUCACCGCAUUCGCCAUGCUCAUUUACAUCGCCCGAUGGCACGACAGAUGGAGCCGCCAACACGGAAUGUGUUGCACUGCUGGAUGCUGACGAUUGCGAUGAACUGGUUUGUACACCCGUCUUUGGUAAGACCAAUCGUAAGAUGCGCACCAGAAUUGAUGCUGAAAUUGAAAUAAGAUUGCCCGCCGCCAUUGAAGAUCUCCGCAAGUGGACAUCCAGCGAAGCGUUAGGCGACAUGACAGUCACACCCGAUUGUAUGCAUCAUGUUGACACGUCCAUUAGCACCUCGAUGGUGAUUGGCGAUAAUGGGGUAUUGACACCCGCCCUAUCUCCGUCCGUGUUGUCGGCCGAUGCAGUCGACGCACUUUACGCUAUAAAUGUUAGCCAAAUUGGCGAUAAUACGCAACUGCCUAAUGAUAUAAACAAAGAUGUGCCUUUGAAUCAUCGACUGCCUUCACCCGAGGAACAAUGUAAAAUAAUAGCUUUAAGGUAUCCAGCUGAAGUGAUCUCGGUGGACACAUCGGGCAAACGUUUCCAGCGUAUGUGUGCUGCGCGCAAAUCCACAACCGGUUGCUACACCAGCAAUAUGGCCGAGACAAACAAUUUGAACGAUGACGUUCAAACGGUGAGCCGACGUUCACGUUCGAGACGAGUAAGAGGCAAGCGACGUAAUACAAUCGCCGGCACCGAUCAGAAGGAAAUUCAAGAUGCGGCAAAUGGUGACUCGGCAACAACAAGCAGUGAGAUUAAAAACACAUUAAAUGCCGCCACUGCCGCCGGCCAAGACAAUACAAACGUUCCCGUAGGAGCCGCCGCAACUGCAGAUGGCAAUGACGAAGAUGUGCGUCGUGGCGAUAAAUCGAAAAAGUUCGGGCGCAGCAAAUCCAGCGAUAUCUUAAAAAAAGAUGCUGUUGCCUUGCCCUACGAUAAGGGGAAGAGCACUUUGACACGCCUAAAUUCCCUUAAACAAUGGGGUCGUAAUCGUUUUAAAUUUAUGCAACGUACAGAGACAACCGUACAAUCAGGCAGCGAUAGUGGCGCCCAUGAUGUAUCGGCGAGUAGCAGCAGCAACAGUUCACAACAACAACACCAGCCAACAACACCGGAAAAGGUAGACACAAGCGCCAGUAAUAAUAAUAACGCAACCAAUGCAACUCAUAAAGCAAGUCAAUCAACGCGUACCGCCACGGGCGAUAUCGAUGAUGAAUGCGUUGUGCAUGAAUUGGUGAGCCAAAAGAGCGAAGGUCGGUUUUCGCAUGAACGAAAACCUUCAUAUUCGUCGUCGGAGAAGAGCAUGAGUGUUAGUAGCAGUGGACACCUUAAAGGUAAACUGCAUCUGGCCACCUGUGGUAAUGUGAAGUUGCGUGAUACCUCUUCGUUGAAUCGUCAACGGCGACUCGGUAUCAAUAACAAUGGUGCGUUGGGCGGCAAAGACGAACAACCGCAUUCGUCUAGCGGCAAUUGGAGUGCUAGCUCUGAAUCGGGGCGCGCUUCCAUAGGUAGUGAAAUCACAAUACAGCCCAAAUCGAGCGCUUCAAAUACUUCGCUUAAUGUGUCUAGCUUCCAUCCGGGCAGUGGACCGCCGUCAUCAAUGAUGAGUCGUCGUCGUUUCUUGAAUACCUCUGCCUCAAGUAGUGUAACGAGCGAGGGUACCGCCACGCCUGAUCUACAAGUGGCCGAUGGCUCUUAUCCCAAUCAUUUGGAUGAUGAAACAAGUUCGGCUUAUUCAUGCGAUACAGAAGGUUACUACACUUCAUUCCAUAUGGAUAGUGGUUUGCGCACACUAAAAGAAGAAGAUCCGCCGAUGACGCCACUGCAGCACAAUCAAAUGCUGCACACGAGCAAUUAUUCUUUCGGCAGUCAAUCCAAUCAGACUGUACUGACGGCCGAAAACGAAUAUGAACUUUUCGGUAAAGGUUCCACAUCCACCACAACCAGCUCGGCGGGGACUGUUUGCACAACCCUCCAGGUCGGCGGUGAGCAGAGCAGUCUGAAUAGUCUGGGUCCCGAUGUGCCCGAACGUAUUAGCUCUUUGGGUAAGUUGAACAAAAAUAAUCACAGCAAUAGCGCAAGCACCAGCACGCUUGAACGCAGCUACUCCAGCAGCACCAUAGGUAGCACCUUAGAACGCACUGGCACUAUAAAACGGAACGUUAAUGCCGGACUCAAACUAAAUACCACCGCCGACGUGGAAGAUAUUGACGGGCUUAAAGGUAGUUUUGAAACGCCCGAAUCGCAAGAAGACGAAUUUGACUUUGAGAAACGUAUACGGCGACGCUCCGCACAACCAUUGCCCGCCGUGGCCGCGCUGUCUGAGGUAGAAUGCUCCGAAAGCUCUGACUUGGAGGGUGUGGAACGUAUUGAACGCAUUAAACAGAAGACGGCCAUCAAUGCAAAGCGCAUACCCUCCAUGUGUAUCAUAACACCAACCACUAGCGAUGACGAGAACCAAAGCAAAGAUGGUGGCGAUGACUACGAUGACGACGACGCUUACGAUCCAGACCGUACGCUAACACCACAAAGCUCGCCACGUUCGAAAGCAGCGGCGAAGCCAGAAACUACCCUUAAAGUGGAAAUAAACGAAGUUACCGGUUAUUGCACUGUGGAUGGUGAGCAAGCAGCAAAUAAAAUAACUGAAUCGCCACUUACACCUACAAAGGGUGACAAAGACCACAAUCUCAAUUUGCUGAAACGAAAUUCAAAUUAUGCCUUCAAUAUGUUCGAAAAAUUGAAAGUCGUCUUGCCAAGUAUUAAACGUUCGCCAAGCAAAAGCUCACAGCCCGAAAAUGUCGUCGACGAUGAUGAACUAUACGACACAGCCGGCGAGUAUGUGACAAUUGCAGAUAUUAGCAACAACAAUCGCCACAAUCAAUUGCCAGUGCCGAAGGCAGUGGGUGCAAGCAGUCUUGGAAUCUACUAUUCCAAUGACAUAGUUCGACGCAAGCUCGACAUUGCCUCCGCCAGCGCUUCCGUCAUUGCAGCGGCGAAGGCCAACGAGCCAGCUGCAGUGAGAGUGGAGGCCAGAAGGCGCGAGACUGAAUAUGUUUCAUUGAAUGAGCUACCACAGCAUUUGCGUAAAGUUGGCAGCAGCGCGUACAGCAGCAGCGCUGCAUUAAGUGCAACAGCCAACAAUGAAAGUGCUGAAGCACAUGAUAGCAAUGCAACGCACCAGCAACAACAACAAAAGGAUAAGACGAAGGAAACAACACCAAUAAGGCAGCCACCAGCAGCUGCCGUGCACUGCGCAGAAUCCGCACAACAAAGGAAAACAGUUGUUGAGUCUGCUGCCGUGCCCAUGUAUGCUGAAAUCAGCGAAGUACGAGAGCAGUCUACAGUCUCUCCGCUAACCCAACACAAGGGUGCUCGCGUGCGCUUAAAUUCGCAGGGUAAAAUAAUUUACGAUUCGGACAGUUUAAAGCGGCGCAAGGGUGCACACACAACAUUCGCACCUGGACCAUAUGUAAAGGAAACUGAAAGUGCGCUACCCGAAAUCACAAGUGUCAACGCACAGGCAUACACACAGCCCGUCGGCACAGCGCAGCAGGCACAACAGUUGCUGCCAGCCCAAACGCCGCAGUCUCAGUUGGGCAGUGAAAGUGCAAACGCAGCGAAAGCGAAUAUUUCCGUGUCGGCAAAAACCACAGCAGCCAAAUUACUUUUACUAAAUGGUGGUGUAGCGGCCACCAGGAAAAUCGCCAAUGUGCGUCCGAUUCUUGCAAAGUCACCAUUAACAUUAGCCAGACAACAGCAAACAGCCUCACCGCAACAACAGCAACAGACGCCGACACAUCAGUCUCAAUACACCGGGCAGUCGGCCAAUAAUCAGGCAAAUAUGUCAUUGUCGUCUGGUCUCUAUGAGGAACCACAUGCCGCAUUGGCGUAUAGCAGCAGUUACCAGGACAACAAGAACAUGCUGGCCAACAAUACAAAUCCAUUCUUCCAGCCAAAUAUCAUAACAGCCGCCGCACCGACGACCGCAUUGAUGAUGAUGCCCUCGCCAUCGACCAAGUCCACUUCGUCCACGGGCUCCACCAUAUCAUCGAGCGCAUCAACGAACACCAGUAGUGGCGCAUCGAGUGCGUCCUCCACCGCCAAGGAAGAAGGCUAUCAACGUUUCUUUAGAACGAGAGAUCAGCAACAACCACUGCCAAAACCGCCAGUUGAUACGGAAUCCCAGUCACCGGUGGUGGUCGCGGAGGCCGCAACGCCCUUUCAACGUAACACACCCAUCUACUGGACGUUACAGAAUCGCAAGCACCAAAAGCCGCCGCCAAGUAAUGUCACUUGUCGCGACGAUCUUUAUGCCACGCCGAUAAAACGUUCCGAACGUGUGGCACGCGCAGCUGCAGCAGCAGCAGCAACGAGUUCAACGCAAAAUAACGUGAAUGGGCUAAAUGGUGCAAGUAACCUAUCGCCAAUUGUGCCACGUAAUCGUAAUGGAUUCCAAACGUCCACACCUUCACGAGGCGAUGACGCCGGCGCACUGGCCGCGCUCAAUAACUCGCCCUGCAGACAACCGCUUAGCCGCAAUCCAAAUUGGGCUGAUGAUAAUUCCCCGGAACGCUACAACACUUGCUCGGAUCGUAUUGGUCAUAGUAAGACGAGUCUGUUGGACUUUAAAAAGUUGCUACUAGCGAAAUCGGCUAAAACGAGUCCGGUGCAAAGGAAACUUUCCGCUGUCGAGUUGUUGAAGAAAACCAAUCCGGUUAAUAUGUCGGUGACAGACCCGUCGGCGCCUAUUAAGGCUGGCGCUACGAAUGGUGCUACGCCAGCCUUGAACAGCAGCAUGAAAUUGCUGGACUUGAGUGGUUCGCCAAAAACGUUUGCCAAUCGCCGCAUGUUGCGACAGGGACAGUUCGGUUCGCCUUCGAAAAGUUUCGCGCCCAAAAUGAAGAAUGCCUCGGGUGGCAGUGGCCUUGCAAGCACAGUGCAGCGCACCAACAUCAUGUCCACCACAAUACCAGAGGUCAAUAGCGAAGAGGAUCAUUCCAGCAACGCCUCGAGUACGAACAGUUCGCGGGAUGGCAAUGAGUCAAAGUCAAUAGUGUCGAUGAAUGCCGCAAUGAGAACACCAACAACGCAUGCACCCGACAGCAUCAGCAGCCGUUCAUAUGAUUUGAAGCGAAAUUUUUUCUUACAAACGGAAGAGAAUAAUUUCAUGCGCGGCGAAAUGAAGAACGCGUACAACAGAAACCAAACGGCUGCAUCACCAGCGCCCACAGCAACAGCUGGCACAUCUCUUGUCGGUGGUAAAUAUGUUGGUGGGCAGUCGGUGGGUGCGUACAACAGUAGUCCUUUGCGUCUACCCUCGAACACGCACAGCGACGCCAAUCGUCAGUAUGCAACACAAUCACCAACGACGGUGGCGACACUUAGUUCAGCGACCACAGCGACAGUAACGCCAAUGCCGGCUUUGGAGACAGCGCUCUAAACGACUUGGUGGUUGUUAUUGUUGUAAAUGCUCUUCGCUGAUCUUCAAUGGGCAACGCUGUGACGAAACGAACGAAAAGCAAUUUCGAAAAGCGUUUAAUUUCACGACGCCGACGUCUAAGACAUACACGUAUGUAGUUGAGGAGGCGUGGAGAGAGAGUGAAGGGGUGCAGUAAUAAUUAGACGAGGACGUAUGACGCUUAUUGCCAAUUUUCGAAUUACACACAUAUAUAAAGGCAUAUUAUAUGUAAUAGCAUGCACACAUAUUGAUAUAUAUAUAUACGCGUACAUAACAUGCAUGUAUUCGGACAAUUUGCGGAUUCGCAAAAGAAAGCAAAGCUAAAACGCGCUCAAAAGCAAAUGCUUCAGCUAAAAAAUAAAAUAAAAAUAAAAUUAAAAAUAAAAAAACAAAUAGUAAUUAUUAAAUCAAUGGAAAAUUUACAAUGCAACAACAACAAUUAUCCGAAAUUUGUUCAGUUUUAGCGAGUUGUGCAUUUAUUUAAAGAGACGAUAAAGAAGAAAUUAAAUAUACAUAUACAUACAUUUAUAGAUAUUUAUG